AUGCACUCAGAAAUUGAGGCGAGAAGCCAGCUAACAAGGAACUUGUCAUACUUUCAGGGCUAUGCAAAACCUUCACGUCUGUUGCCAGCCACAGAAGUUAAAGUCUGCACUGAAACCUCAUUAGAAAGGAUUAUUUCAUCCUUCAAUGUCAGUGGAUCUCAGUCUUUAUUUAAGGUCAAGAUAGAGACAAGUAAUAUCUAUGGCUCAAGUCUGAGUGAUUUAAAUGCUAGUAUACUCUUCUGCAUGAUAGACGAAGACGGUAACUCAAUAUUACAGAGGAUACCACCAAGUUUGGUGACUGAUCACUUUGCCAAGACAAAGGACUCAGUUGAUUCUAAUAUUGUCCAUUUCCAGAGAGGUUCUUCGGAUGAGUUCAUCUUUGAGGGACCUAGACUGGGAAAAGUUGAAGCUCUUUGGAUCAGUCUGGAAUCAGGUUAUCAGUGGAGAUUAGGAGGUGUGAGCCUGACAGUCAUUAAUGCUUCUCAACCUUUACCAAAAGAAGAUGAUGGAGAAGAAAUCAAGUAUACUGUUUACUGCUACGACUUUGAAGUUACCGACAUCUUGCUCGGUGAGGGAGGCGAUGCAUCCAUGGUGGAGAUUAGACCUUUCAAUAUAACCAGUGGCGGACCCAAGAUUUUUGCCCGGGGGGCCUCCGCAGUUCCGCCAUUUAAAAGCCUUUGGCAGUCGACUCCACUUUUGAGUGGUGGGAUAUCUAAUGAGGAAAGCAUGAAGGAAUAUGCAGUUUUGAAAUUCUCUUUGUUACUCUAUGAUGCCAUUCUGAUCUUCAUUGGUACAUCAGUUGCAUCCUUCUCAGUUGGUGAGAGUUCUGCUUUUGUGUUCUUAAUUCGUGGGGUGAGAGGUUUUUUGUACUUAUUGCUAUUGCAGAGGUCCAUUGAUGGAUUACCAACUCCAGCAUUGCGUUCCAAUAACCCAGGACAAAUCUUAAGUACAGGAUUUAAGGGUCCAUUGUCAAGCCUUGCAUUGGCUAUAGGAUUUUCUCUUUUAGCUAUCAAGUAUAGCGCAGGGGAUGAUAUUCCAUUCAUGUUGACUCCAAGAGAACUCUUGUUUGGGAUGAUGGGAUUUCUUGCAUGUAAAGUCGCAGUCGUGUUGGCUGCGUUCAAGCCUGUGCCAGUGAAUUUAAAGGAGAACAGAUGA